AUGCCCUUACUAACUGUAUUGGACGUUUUUCCACGGUAUACAGGUUUUUCUCGAACGUAUGAUGGCUACGAUUGUGCCAUAUGUAUUUUAGUCGCAAUCUCCCUUCGCUGGUUUGAUUUGAGCUCGAUAAACGCAUCCUCUCCUGCCUGUCCUGUAAUUGAUGAUUCGAUUUGGCCCUUUAAAUUUGCAAUCUCCCGUCAGCGUCGCCAUCAAUUUCAUGAUGAACCGUUCGGUCGCUAUCACGAUAUAUCUGUUUAUUCAGGCGUUUUUUCAGCGUUAGGAGAGCCCUUUCUCCAAAUUCCCGAGGAAAUUCAGAAGGCGCUUGUAAUAACUAUUGCGCAUUUCGUUCGUGAACCAUCCUCGAAAACAUUACUUCUUCCUAGUUCAUUAACUGCUCGAGAAAGGAAUGGAAUAUAUAAGUGUCUUCAGUUAAUAUCUGGCCGUACCGGCAUGUUACAGAGUACUGUAAAUGUAAGUUUGACUUGGAAUAGUCAGAGGCUUAUAUCCCAAAUACUGCAUUCGAAUCCACUGUCAGCAAAAGAAAAAGUAGAUCUUUUGCCACGGACUGAAAAUCUUUCUUCUCUUGAUAGAGGUGUCAGAGAAGAAAGACAAAGGAAUACCACUGGUCGUUUAAUGGGUGCUGUACCACAAAUACCUCCAACUCAUCUCAUUUCUUCAUUACUUUCUUUAGUAACUGGAGAAACUAUAGAUUCCCCUGCGGCAUCUUCAAACCUAUCUGCUACAACAAAUAACAAGUUGAAUGCUGUUAAAGUGGAUGUCAAGUACUCAGCUUUAUAUAGCAAAUAUGAAGAGAUAAUUUCUGCGAUAAUUAAUAAUCCUAUUGUGCUGAUUGCGGGUCCUCCUGGUUGCGGCAAAACAACUCAAUUUCCUCAGGUAGACAAUAUAGCAUAA